ACUUGCAUAAAUUAUGAAACCAGCCACAUAUAAGCACGUAUUGGAAGAGACCAUAUCGAUCGAGCUAGCUAGCAAAUAGCAAUAAUAGCAAUGGCCGACCGGGGAAAUGGAUCAGACGAUGAUCAAGGUGUGCGCUGCUGUAGGUUCUCUCGGGGUGCUCAGCGCCAUCAUGGGCUUCUCCGCUGAGGACACCAAGCUCACUGUAAGCUCGCACAUAAAGUGGACCGGCGGCGGCUUGGGCGUAUGCCGGUACCCGCCCGCAGAACCCCGCGCUGCCGCUGGGGGUCUGCGCGGACGUCUUCCUGGCAAUGGGCCAGGUCACCGUGGCUGCCGCCGGCGGGUGCUGCGGCGCCGGCUCCUGCAGCAGCAAGCUGUCGCGGCCCGAGACCAAGCGGACCGAAGGGGUCCUCUGCGCCGUCUUCUCCUGGAUCGCGGCGGCGGUGGCGUUCGGGACGCUGGUGUUCGGUGCGGCGUGGAACGACAACCAGCCGCGGGAUCCUCUGGCCAGCUUCCCCGUUCCGGCGUGCUACGUCCUCCUGGACCGCGUCUUCGCCGGGGCCGCCGUGCUCACGCUCGCCGCCACGGUCCUAGGGCUCGCAUCCUACGUCUUGCUUCGCGGGAAGCCGGCCGCCGCGGCUGCACCCAACACGGGCGAGCAGCGGGCGGGCCGCGCCCCGCCGUCCACCUACCCGUACGCACCACCGUAUCAGCAAUUUCCUACUCAAGGUUAUGGAGCGCACGAGCCCAGCACGCAUUUUCCUCAAGGUUUUGGAGGGCACGCGCCCAACCAGCAUGUCCCACAUCAAGGUUAUGGAGCGCACGUGCCCAACCUACAGUUCCCUCCUCAAGGUUAUGGAGCGCACGAGCCCAACACGCAGUUCCCUCCUCAAGGUCAUGGAACGCACGCACGCAAUCUCCAGUUCCCUCCUCAAGGUCAUUGGGCCCAACAGUUCCAUCCUCAAGGUCAUUGGGCGCACGCGCCCAACCAGCAGUUCCAUCCUCAAGGACUCAAGGUUAUGGGGCGCACGCGCCCAACCAGUUGCAGUUCCCUCCGUUGGCCGCUCAGGGCUAUGAACCUCAGCCGCACCUCCCAAUGGACAACAACAGGUGUAGCACGCACGGUGCCUUAAUUUGACCAAGUAAUCUUGAUCAGACACAAAGGUGUGGCUCUUGCGUUGGUGCUGCGAAAUAUUAGCCUGUGGCCUCCAUGUAACCGAGAAAAUUACAGUUGAUCAUGGUGCAACUGAGCAAAAUUACACACGGCCAGUCAGGAGGUUGUGGAGAUGCAGGAGGAACGACAAGCAAGGAGGCACAGGAGGCAACCAGCCCGGGGGCCGCUGGUAAUCUGACAGGUGCGACUGACAGCACCUGUCAGAAGAAAUGACGAUCCUAUGUUGGAACUGUCGGAGAAUUGGACAGCCCCGAACAGUUCAAGAUCUAGUUCGCCUUGUUAGUGUGCAUCAUCCGAAACUUUUGUUUUUGUGUGAAACUAGGCAAAGGAAAGAAAAGGUGGAGAACCUAAAGUGGAGACUAGGUCUCAGGAAUGUUUUAGUGCAUAGUGAGCAGGGGAAAGGAGGUGGUGUUGCUCUUUUUUGGGAUGAGAGUGUCGUAGUCGACUUAAUUAAAUUGGGGAGUCGUUUUAUUGAUGUAAUCAUUAGUGAUUGGCCAAAAGGAAUAAAAUGGAGAUGCACGUUUGUUUA